CAGAUCCUGGGAUGAGCCAGACGGAGCCUUAUAAAAGGACCAGUCUUUGCUCAAAUGCAUAGCACACUCAUCCUUCUCCUCAGUGACACCUUGUCAGCUCUGCUUCUUCGAAAACCAAGAUGAGCCAAACUCAAGUUGAGAAGUCCGUGAUGGACUUGGUCGUCCUGUUCCACAAAUACACCAAACCUGAUGACAAGAUUGACAAGCGGGGCCUGCUGAAGAUGCUGAAGGAGAAUUUCCCUAUAUUCCUCAAGGCUUGUGACAAAAAGGGCAAUGAUUUCUUGGACCAUAUCUUUGAGGAAAAGGACAAGAAUAAGGAUAAGAAGAUCGAGUUUUCCGAGUUUCUGUCGGUGUUGGGAGUCAUAGCCACCGACUACCACAAUCAGAGCCACGGAGCCCCGCCCUGUUCUGUAACCCCGCCCUGUUCAGGUGGAGGACACUGAGCCCAGCCCAGCCUGAGGCCCCCAGAAACCACAAGAAACAAUAAAAUGUCUCUUUUGCCCAGAUACAGCC